GAUUGGUAUAAACCCUAAAUGGGCGAAAUCAUAAAUCCAGUUCGCGAUUCAAGCUCGAUUCUCUUCGAUCUCGUCCUUAAGAAUCUCGAUUCUCAUCUCUCCUUCUUCGAGUAUCGCAUGAUGAGUUCGGGUUGUGAGGAUUCGUCUGUGAAUACGAUGAGAAUUCGUGGUAUCCCGGAGCAAUGCGGCUGUGGUCGAAGAACUGGGAUAUACACAUCAAAAACGAAGGUCAAUCCAGGAAGAACUUUCUUUAGAUGCCCAACGUUUCAAAAUGAUCACUUGUAUAAAUGGGUAGAUGAAGCUGUCUACGAAGAGGUUCAAGAUGCAUUGCCAAAAGUUGAGUGCUUUGCAUCAGAUGUUAUGAAAAUUAAAAUGGAGAUCGAAAGCAUGAAAACCGUGGAGGAAGAUGUCAGGAAGGCUAGCAAUGAACUUAAGAAGCUGAAUGUGAUCAUGAAAGUGGGUUUUUCGGUGGUUUGUUUAGGCGUUGUGAUAUGUCUUGUGUUGAUCAUGUUUGACAAAGCAGCUGGGUUGUCUAUGAAUAGCUACUAGGAGACUCUGUUUAUGUAAGGCUAUGUUUAUUUAAGAAUCAUGGUUCAUGUAAGGCUAUGUUUUAAGACAAUGUUUCAGUAAUGUUUAUGUUUUACUUCUUGAUUGUUUAUAGAAGGACAAAUGAACACACCAAUGAACAUACCAUCAAGAUAAACAACAUGAUGAAAACACAAAGAUAAUAACCAACACUAUCUUCAUUGAGAGUUUCAAAUUAAAACAGCAGGAAGAGAAGAAAGAAAAAGGUAGUUCUUAUUCCAAAAGCAUUUAGACAGAGACACCAUCAUAAACAACAGACAACGAAAGCAUUCAGACAAAGACCAUCAUAAACAACACACAAGCAUCUAAAAAAACCAUCUUCCCCACGCUGCUGUCUGUGAUGCUUCAGCUUGUGAGGAUUGAGGAACUUCCCAUCGUGAUGGUUGAGCUUGUGAGGAUUGACCUUCUGAAGAUUGAGGAACUUCCAUGGUGAUGCUUGAGCUUGUGAGGAUUGAUUUUGUGAGGUUUGAGCUUCUUAGGAUUG